CAUAUUAAAAUUCCCUCGAACCAAUAAAUACCGCGUUAAACUCCAUACAAAAACCCUAGAAGCAGAAGGCAAGCGUAAGCUUUCUUUUCCGGGUCUUACUUUCGGCAUAGCCGCCUCUGCUCGUACCGGACCAAGAUGAAGUUCAACAUUGCCAACCCCACCACGGGAUGCCAAAAGAAGCUGGAAAUAGACGAUGACCAAAAGCUCCGUGCGUUUUUUGACAAGAGGAUCUCACAAGAGGUCAGCGGAGAUGCACUUGGGGAGGUAUGCGCACAAUAAGUUUGGCAUAUGUUUAAUGCUUGUGUCAUAUGUGUUCUCUGUUUAUUUAUUGUUUUCUCUUUUCCUUUCAAAGGAAUUUAAGGGCUAUGUUUUCAAAAUCAUGGGAGGUUGUGACAAGCAGGGGUUCCCCAUGAAGCAGGGAGUGUUGACUCCUGGCCGUGUUCGUCUCUUGCUUCACAGAGGAACCCCUUGUUUCCGUGGAUAUGGAAGGCGCAAUGGAGAACGUAGGAGGAAGUCUGUGCGUGGAUGCAUUGUGAGCCCUGACCUCUCUGUUUUGAACUUGGUAAUCGUGAAGAAGGGAGAGAAUGAUUUGCCUGGACUGACUGAUACUGAGAAACCAAGAAUGAGGGGACCAAAGAGAGCAUCAAAGAUCCGCAAACUCUUUAAUCUCUCAAAGGAGGAUGAUGUUCGGAAGUAUGUGAACACUUACCGAAGAUCAUUCACAACAAAAUCUGGAAAGAAGGUUAGUAAGGCACCCAAAAUUCAGAGGUUGGUUACUCCAUUGACUUUGCAAAGGAAGCGAGCAAGAAUUGCUGACAAAAAGAAAAGAAUUGCCAAGGCAAAGGCAGAGGCUGCAGAGUACCAGAAGCUGCUUGCCACAAGGUUGAAGGAGCAGAGAGAACGACGAAGUGAGAGCUUAGCCAAGAAAAGGUCCAGGCUCUCUGCUGCUUCAAAGCCAUCUAUUGCAGCUUAGGCCCCUCCUCUAGGCUCUAAUCAUUGAGUUUUGGUAGCAAGAUGAAAUGUCACCGAGUUUUUCUUAUUUGAUUUUCAAUGUGUUGAAAUGUUUGAUUUCAUGGUUAUGAAAGUGCCUUAAAAACUUCUUACCCCAUUGAAUUUUAUGUUAUUAUGACCUUUCCAUAACUUUAUGGAGUAUUAUUGAAUUUUGCUUCAA